AUGUCAGGUCCAUUAAUGACCUCCGCCAUCGCAUUAUUCGGCGAAAACUCCCUCUUUGCAGUCGCCAACACAUCCACAAACGCCACCACGCCUCUCCUCCUCGACCAAAUCUGUCGUCUCAACCGCCUCCCCUUCUCCACAUUCCGCAGCUACCGCGACUACACCGCCGCAUGUUCCUCUCAAGCAGACGAUACCCAGCGCCUCCUCCAAAUAAUGCAAAACUUCACAACAGUCCUCUUCUCAGACACAACAGCCACAGAACGCUACCUCUCCGCAAGCAUCAUCUCGCUCACAGGCGUAACCCUCGUCUCCCUCCUACUCCUCCUCCAGCUCCUCGGUCUCGCAUACCUUGCAUACUACAUCUACAAAGUCCCUACCUGGGCCCCGCAUCUCGACGCCCUGUCCAUUGCUCGCAUCACAGCUAGUCUCGACCGCGGUAUCGUGCCGGGGCUGGGUGCCAUGUAUGCAUCUGAUAUGCAGCGUCUGGAUAGCACGGAUGCGACGGUUGGGAUC